AUGAGUUCGCCAAAGCUGAACGAGAGAUGCCAAAGUGCUAUGAGCAAUGGUAAAAAACACUUAAGCACCGAAUCGAAGGAAGAUUCGCUGGAUAAUUCUAUUAGAGAGUCAAUAAAAUCAGAAAGAACUGGUAAAUCCGAAGAAGACUGUCGUAGACGCACAAUAAUUGUAGAAAAGAAAAAUGGAAGCUACGGUUUUACACUACAAAGCUAUGGGAUACAUUAUAAAAAGGAACAAGAGAUCGAGGUAAUCACUUAUGUGGAUCAUGUGGAGGCUGAAGGUCCGGCAGCACUCGCCGGUAUGCGUGAAGGUGAUGUUAUUCUGUCCAUCAACGGCAAUGACGUGGAGAGAGCUGACCACACAGCCAUCGUCACUGCCAUUAACGCCUGCGACUCACGCAUGCGUAUCGUUGUGAUAUUUGAAGACUGCGUCCGUAAAGUUGAACUUCAUCUUAAGUAUAUUAACAUACAACGAACUCUUCAAAACAAAAUGCGGGAACUAGAACAACUAUCAAUCCGGGAAAGGCAAGUAUUCGAUUCCAACUGGAAAACCCACAGUCUGCCCUCGCAGAAGAAGAAAAACUCUCCAUCGGAUAUUAUCUCAGACUCUGAAGAACCCGCCGCAGACAAUAUUAGCUCUUACUGCCGACCGACUCUAUCGAGCGAAAACGUUACCGCCGCUAAGCCUCCUCAACCCAACGUGUUCAUGUACCAAUAUUUAGACCCCCGAUACGGUACGUGUAUUAUACAACCAAAUAUCCACUCCGGUAGCUUCGUCAUUACAGUUGGUUCACCGCGAAACCGACGUGACUGCCAUCACUAUGUCGUGAAAGCGACAGGCGAAUGUCAUCGUGCGUCAGAAGCCUACAAGGUUUCAAAUGGAAAACAUAGCAAGCCCCACAGGAGUCACAACCACAGCUGUGCUCCAUGUGUUCCCACAUAUAACAACCAAGACGCAAACAGUCUAGAAGCUUACGAUCUUGCUAGCCCUUGCUGCGAUCCUCAUUGCGUACCUAAUGCUAGGAAGAAAAUCAGGAGAAAGAAGGAAUGCUCAAAGGAGCAUAAACGAAAAGAAAAACAGCAUGUUGACAAAUCAACUCAGAAGACUGAGUGCAAUCAUGUUCACGCAAAAAAAGUAUGUACGUCAGGACAUUGUUCCGGAAGAUACCGGUACUUGACCACGGAAUCGACACAAACGAGCCAGUGCAGCCUUCAAUCGUACGCCACGAGCAACGCCACGGUUCCCUGCGAUAACUCUGUGUCAAGCUACAGUACUUCACUCAGCAGUGAUACCUUGUUUUGGGAGAACGAUCGUUCUGAAGCUAAAUCUUCUCCAAAAAUUCAAUACCAAAGCGCACACCAGCACGUAAAGCCCAAAUCUUGGGAUAAUCUAGCUACGAAAGCUAUUGGGGGCUACGGUUUCGGUUAUGGCUAUUUAGACACAACUACGAAACAUUCAAGUAGAUCUAAAAGUCACGGUCGAAGUCAUAGCGGUCGCAGCACUCAGAGUCACCAUGACUACCAACAUCACCCGCAGGAGAAGCAUUCCCAUAGACAGAGUGGUACACCACACCACUACCAGACAUAUGUCAGAACUCACAGCCACAACUGCCAGCCUACUAAAUCAACGGAAAGUUUGAUCGUGGUACCAAAAUACCAAUUGGAAAGUAGCGGUUCAGAGAGUAGACUAGCGUGUGAAUGUGAAAGCAAUGUAGAUUAUUAUAGACGAGGCCCCAUAAAGAGCCCCGCCGAAACUCACUCCAACUAUUACGGCCAACGAUUCGUCUACCCCACCCAUACUUAUAAGAAAAAAGAUUCGAAUGUUAGUUCAGAAAUAACGAGAUUAUAA